AUGCCGAUAGCCUCAGCCAUUAGGAGGCUAUUUGGCUUCAGUAGUAGGGGCCGGGUGCCCUCAGACCCCUCAGGCCUAGAGGGCAGUUGCGGGGAUCCACAGCACAGAGCCCGCCCCAAGGCCAUGGGCAAGCUACACAAGGCCGAAAGUGUGGGCGACACGGCGAAAGUGGAGCAGCGCCUCAUGCUGAGGAAAAGUGGUGUCAAUGACGGAGACAAGAAGCACAGGACUGCUUUGCAUUUUGCCUGUGUCUAUGGCCAUCCAGAAGUGGUGACUCUCCUGGUGGAGAAAAAAUGUGACAUCGAUGCCUGUGACAGGGAAAACAGUAACGCCCUGAUUAAGGCUGUACAAUACCACCAGGAAGAUUGCACAACUAUUCUCUUGGAACACGGUGCCAAUCCGAAUGUUGCAGAUGCCAGUGGCAACACUGCUCUCCACUGUCUAUUGGGAAAACUCAUCAAUAGUGGCAAAAGUGCUUUCACACCAUGCAGAUACUGA